AUGACCUAUUCAGCGCCCGCAUCCAACCCCGCAACCUCCGCGAAGUCCAAAGUGAAGAACAUCCCCAACCCGCGCCGCCUCCUGAUCCUCACACCAACCUCCCAAUCUCUCACAAUAAUCCCCCCACUCCUACACUCCCUAACCGGUGUGCCUGUCCUCAACCCGCCACAACAGCCAGUCACUUCACCAACCGAAACCCAACCACAGAUUUCAAGCUUAACACCCUCACCACCAACAACCACCUUCGCCGGCUACACAACCCACAGCCCUCUCCGCCUCGAAACAAAAUACUAUACAACCGAAGUCCCUGUCUGGGUCGACGAGAUCCCGCUCGCGCCCCACGACACAGAUGCACAAACUACCGCCACACCAGCACCAACAGCCGAGCAAUGGAAAACCGACUUCUUAAGUCCAGAAGCGGAGAUCGUGCGUGAGGCUGUCGGAGCUCUGGUUGUAUGCGCGCAUACUCCUAGCGAUGCGACACCUCUACCAGGUUCCAAUGCAGACUCAGACCCUGCUGAGCGGCCUGACGUCCGCGCACUACGCGACCUCAUGCGCGGUAUUGCCGAUGUCAAGGAGCGCAUUGAUGAGGAGCGUGGCGGGCUUGGUGAUGUUCCUGGUGUGUUUGUGUUGAUUGGGGGGAGGAAGAGCGCUGCGGGUAAGGGUACGGGUCAGCAGGGAUCCAAGGAUCCCGAUGCGGAGCUGGGGCUUGGUGUUGAUGAUGCGGAUUUAGGUGGUGCGGAGACAGUACCGUUUUCUGUUGGGUGGUGGGAAGAUCUGUUUUUUGAUAUGGGGUUGUUGGGGUGGGAGGUUGUUGAGUGGGAUCCUAAGGAGGGUCUAGAGGUUGAAACAAGGAAUCAUUAUGGAGAACGUGAGGGUAUGCCUCGUGUCAAAGAGGUCCUUGAGACUCAUGACUGGUCUAUGGUUGGAGGUGACUCUGGCUUUGACGGGGAUAAUGAUCCUGACAUGGAUUCCGAUGAUGAUCUUGAAGAUCACCUACUAGGUCUGAAUGGCACUCGUGGGUUUGGUGAUGAGGUUCAUGAAUUAGAGCGUGAAAUGUUCGGUUUACGUAUGGCAAUUGAGCGUGGAGGUGGUGAUGGUGAUGAGAGAGAUGACUCUGAUCAUGAUGAUGGCGAUGAUGAAAUUGAUGUCGAGAGUAUGGAGGCAUUGAUGAUGCGCAUGCAGGCAAUCAAAGAUAUGAGUUCCGAGCUGCCGGAAGGCGAACGGAAACGGUUUGCUGCCAAGGCUGUGCGCGAUAUUAUGCGCGAGCUCUGA